GAAGCUUUUCAUUAAAUGUUGCAUGAAUUCAUAGUUUUCCAGCUAAAUAAUUUUAUUCAUAAUGGUUUCUUGCAGGAAAGGAAAGAAAAACAAACGGAAGCCAAGGGAAAAAAUUUGCUUCCUUGGGGAUUUGGUAAGUUGCAAAUCACAGAGCUAAAGAAGAUGGAUAUUAUUAGCAAAGUGUUGGUCAUGUUCUUUGCAUUUUUGCUUGGGGGUGGAAAUGCUCAAGAGUCUACCACUUUGGUUCCUGCUAUCAUAACUUUUGGUGAUUCUGCUGUGGAUGUGGGAAAUAAUAACUAUCUUUAUACUAUUUUCAAGGCCAAUUACCCUCCAUACGGAAAGGACUUUGUUAAUCAUCAGCCCACUGGCAGGUUUUGCAAUGGAAAACUUGCUACUGAUUUCACUGCUCAAACUUUAGGAUUUAAGACCUUUCCAUUGCCGUACCUCAGCCCAGAGGCAACCGGUAAGAAUCUUCUAAUUGGAGUCAACUUUGCCUCAGCCGCAUCAGGUUAUGAUCAGAACGCUGCCCUCUUAAAUCAUGCACUUUCACUGCCCCAACAAGUUGGGUUGUUCAAGGAGUACCAAGCCAAACUGGCUAAGGUAGCGGGUAAUGAGAAAGCAGCAUCCAUUAUCAAGGACGCACUCUACUUACUGAGUGCGGGAAGUGGCGACUUUCUACAGAAUUAUUACAUCAAUCCUUAUGUUAACAAGGUCUACACCCCCGAUCAGUACGGCUCGAUGCUCAUCGGAGCAUUUACAACAUUUGUCAAGGAUAUAUACGGUUUAGGAGCCAGGAGACUUGGAGUGACUUCACUUCCUCCAUUGGGUUGCUUCCCUGCUGCUCUCACCUUGUUUGGCAACCAUCAAAAUGGGUGUGUCUCAAGGAUCAACACUGACGCGCAGGCCUUCAAUAAGAAGCUGAACUCUGCUGCAGAAAGUCUGAAAAAGCAACUCCCAGGCUUUAGGAUCGUCAUCUUCGAUAUUUACAAGCCGCUCUACGAUGUCAUCAGCUCUCCAUCGAAAAAUGGCUUUGUGGAGGCCAGAAAAGGGUGCUGUGGAACAGGGACAGUGGAGACAACAUCACUUCUGUGCAAUCCAAAGUCCUUGGGGGGAACUUGUUCAAAUGCAACUCAAUAUGUCUUUUGGGACAGUGUUCAUCCAUCUGAGGCUGCAAAUCAAGUUCUUGCUGAUGCUUUGAUUCUUCAGGGCUUCGCUCUCCUCUAGAUAAGAACUCAUGGGCUGUUCUUGUUCUUCUUGUUCUUCUAAAAUCCAUACAAAUUAAACUGCAAUCCUAAAGUUUGUACUGUGUUUUUAUUUACGUGUCUGAAGAAAUUUGUUGUGUGUACUGAUAUUACAAGUUAUAUGUGACGAUUCUGUUUUGGAACAGCCAGAAAUUACUCUUUGAUAUGUUAAUAUACAUUCGUCAUUGAGAAUAUUUCGAAAAAAAAAA